AACUCCACUUUCUGUAUGUGUUUUGUUUAUAUGUCUGAGUUUUAGCCCUAAAUAAGAUAUGGGAAGCCGUUUCUCGCGUUGCUAGGUGAUCGCUUCACUUAUUCCUAUUUUCCUUUUAAUAGACGGUCCGAACACCGGGCUCAAGUUACUUUACAGGCAAGCCAAGGCAAGCUUACUGUGCCUAUUGUUGUAUUGCCUCAUUAGUAAACCUAUACCGAAUUAGUAUGCAGGAAGACAGUUAUACAUAUUAAUAAGGGGAAUACACUUUUUGCCAGGGAAUCCAAAUUAGUAUGCAGGAAGACCCUCAUUAGUAUGGAGGAAGGUAUUUUUACCCAGCUAGCUAGACACUGAUAGGCACAUAAUUAAUAUGCGGGAAGGAAGUGAAUAGGCACUUAAUUUGUAUGGAGAAAAUCCAAAUUAGUAUGCGGGAAACCAAGGGAAAUCCAAAAUCCGGUUAAGUUUCAACAUUGUAUACUACUAGUGUUCGUAAACGCCGUUUGCUUUGAGACGUAAGCCAAGAACGGAGAAAAAAUCUUCGUUUUCAAUAAUUUUAAGUUACUUGUGUACGGAACCAAAGAUGCAGUUAUGAAGCUUGCGCUCAGUCUUUCACCAAAAUUUGUGGUCCGAUCUCUUGUAUCCCAUCGUGAAACUCACGUUAUUCUUACCGUAAAUCCUCUAUUGAGCCCCCCGGGGGGCUUAUUUUUUUCAAGUACUUUUGAGGGGGGCUUAAUAGAGGGGGGGGGAUUUAAAGAGAUCACCUGUGGCAAAAAUACCGUGGUAUGAGACAAAGUAGACUUACGCGUUGUACAAUUAAAGUUUCUGUCAAAAGUAUUUAAUUCACUUGUGAGAGCCUAAAAGUAACAAAAACAAAAUUCUUAUUCUUCAAAAAUGUGCUUUCGGCCUCAUGUCCUUCGGUAAUUUUUAUGAGAAUGUUACUUCUAUUGAUUUGUCGUACACAACUUGCAAACGAAAAUCUCUCGAAAACUCCUCUUAUAUUUACAUUUUAAAUGGUGACAAUUCUCCACAGAGAACUAGAGCGCAAAGUUGAGAAAGUUAACCAUAUGAAAUUGGAGGUCAUGCAAGCGGCCGAAGACCAAAAUCAAUAUGAACUUCCAGCCUGAAUAAACCAUAACUGAUCAGUCCACGUUAAUCGUUAAUUUUUUUGUGAAGAAUAAGGAUUGGGGGAGGGGGAGGGGGGGGCUUUAUAGAGAGGGGGGGCUUAUUAACUUUCCUCCUCUGAAAAGGAGGGGCUUAUUAGAGAAGGGGGGCUUAAUAGAAGAUUUACGGUAUUGUCCUUCGUCCUGUAUUUAAUUUACCCAGACGUAGUUAUUCGAUAAGCCGAUAAUCGAUAUCAAUCACCGAUGAAUAUCGAUUUCCAAUGUCAACCUCGGGACUGAUUGAUAUCUAUUUCCGAUAGAAAUCGUCAAUGAUUAUUUAUCGAUUGUUAUUGACUACUAUUCAUUCUUAUCGGAAAAGACGAGCCAUUAUUUGGUAGAAGUUUAAGUAACGGUCCGUGUAAGAGGUAGGCAGGCGAAAGGCACAAGUAAUUAAAAGGUGCUAACUUUUAAUCAUUAAUUUCAAUUAAAUCAAGCGUUCUGAUUGGCUGUAAUCCAAAAAUCGCCAAAAAACAGUGAGAAACGUGACAAAAACAACUUUUUUUAGCCUUAGGUUCCCCAUCCCCUUGUCUUAUACCUCACGGCCAAGUCUCAGCAUUGUCCUAUGCGCCAAUUAAAAGUUAGAGCGGAAAACGUGCAACACACGCUCGAUUUUGUUGUGACCCCAUCUUAGACGUGACACUUGAGAUGAUAGGAAAUUUGUCCUUUACCGAAGAAAUCUUGUCAAUUUCUUCGUUAAAAAUCUAAAAAACUUCUUUCGUGAAUAUUUAUCUCAAAUUUACUGUAUUUUAUCAUCGGAGUGAUCGUCAAAAUGCUCUUCAACAUGGUUUGUUGCCGUCCUCGACAUGCCGAGUCGUCAUGUGGAAAUUUGGGCCCGGCGUAGUUGUUUUCGUUGUCAGGCCGGAGAUCGGAAUAAUUGUGGCACUAGUAAUUGGAGUACAGAUGGGCAUAAAAGAAGAAAGCGAAAGAUUUGUUGUUUUUUACAAGGAUGAAUUUAUUUCUCGAAGAGAUGUAGAACACUUGACCUUGAGGUAAGCUGAACUGAAUAGAUUUUCGCACCUCCGCGCGUAUUUAACAUUAGGGAGCUUAAGCAGCGACGUUUUUGAACGACGCACGUCAACCGGAAGUGAGCCUUUUCCUCUUUUAAUAAGCCUUGACGCUACCGUAUUUAUAUUGCCAAGUGUCUUCAUUCUUACAGAGACGAUCUGCCCAAAAAUGUGUUCAAAAUCACGGCUCAAGAGUGCAAAACGUCCAUUUCCGGUUGACGUGCGUCGCUCAAAAACGUCGCUGCUUAAGCUCCCUAAUUUGGAUGUGAGAUGAUAGAUAGCCAACGAGGCGCGUAGCGCCGAGCUGGCUAUAAUCAUCUCAUAUGCAACAAGCGCGAG